AUGAAGAGCAACACUUUACCCUCAAAGACUGGGAAAAAUGGGAGAGGACAGAUAUUAUGGAAAGUGGCCCAGCAGACGGUGCCGUCCCACCAUCAAGAGCUGGUGCCUCAGCUGGCCUGGAUAGAUACUGGAGAAUUGACGGAGGAGAAAAGGCAAAAAGGUCAAACGCUGAGCAGAAAGCCGACGGCCGUGAGUCCAGAGCUCAUCCUGAAGCAGACGCCCUUCGAGAGAGCCGUCUAUGACCUGGGACACAACGAAAAGCUCAUCGAUGAGCUCACAUUCGGCAGACGGGUCGGCUUUUAUGAGCUCCGGGGAGAAAUCGGCAGCGGGAACUUCUCACAGGUCAAACUCGCAGUCCAUGACUUGACUAAGGAAAGGGUUGCUGUGAAGAUCCUGGAUAAGCUGCGUCUGGACAAGCGUUCGCAGAGGCUGUUCUCAUCUGAGAUCCGCUGCAUGGAGAGACUCUCGCACCCCAACAUCGUGCGUCUAUAUGAGGUGGUGGAGACGUUUCGCCGGCUGCAUCUGGUGAUGGAGUACGCGCCGGGAGGAGAGCUGUUCUCUAGGAUCUCCAGCAGAGGGCGCCUGUCUGACAUGGAGAGCAAGCUGGUCUUCUCUCAGAUACUGUCUGCUGUCAAACACAUGCACGACAACAACAUCAUCCACCGUGACCUGAAGGCGGAGAACGUCUUCUACACCACCACAUACUGCAUCAAAGUGGGCGACUUCGGCUUCAGUGCUGAAUGCAAACCCACCGACAUCCUCACUACCUUCUGCGGCUCUCCGCCCUACGCGGCCCCCGAACUCUUCCGGGACAAGGGCUACGUCGGCCCCCUGGUGGACAUCUGGGCUCUGGGUGUUCUGCUGUUCUUCAUGGUCACAGCGACGUUCCCGUUUACCGCCUCGAGCCUGAGACGAUUACGUUUCUGCAUCCUGAGGGGCUCCUAUUGUAUUCCCGCAUACGUUCCUGAUGGGUGCCAGUGUGUGAUUAAAGGAGCGCUGCGACUGGUGCCCGCUGACCGCAUCUCGCUGGCACAGAUCAUGUCCAGCGCGUGGCUGAGGGGAAUGGAGUAUCCACAGGCGUACCCGUCGGCUCCGUCCACACCUGCUCACCUGCUGGAUUCCAGGACUCUCUCGGCUGAUGAACGCUCUGUCAAACUGGCGCUGGAGGAUUUGGGCAUCACUGAGAUCCACCUGCGGAAUAAUGUGGUGCUGGACUGCCGCUGCCCGCUGACGGGUGUUUACCGGAUCCUCCUGCACCGGCAGCAGAUGAGCAGAAGCGUGGAGGCGGCGGGACACACGGCGCUCUGUUCCUCCAACAAUAGAGCCCGCAAGAGGUGCUGGUCUCAUCCCAAUACUGUACAGAGAAGAGAGGAGCAGUCGGCUGUCUGUGCCAUCCUGUAG